AUGAAGGUUAUCCUUUUUGGAAGCACCGGCUUCAUUGGCAAAGCAGUCCUGGAUCAAUGCCUAAAAAAUUACACUAUAACCUCCCUUAUCGCGCUCUCGCGCCGCGAUCUUCCUGAAGAAACCGCAAAUCCAAAGCUUACCGUAGUUAUUAUUAAAGAUUUCAAGUUGUACCCCGAGUCUGUUUUAGAACAGUUAAAAGGUGCGAAUGCUUGUAUAUGGUCGAUGGGAACGUAUAAUUGGGAUCCGGUAGUGGAGUUGGAAUACCCAGAAGCUUUUCAGGAAGCGCUAUUGAAGGUCUUGGAUGUCAAGAAUACGUUUACAUAUGUAUACCUUGGUGGUGCUUUCACGGAGUCGGACCAGGAGAAGAAUUUGUGGUUCUAUUCUAAAGGACGACGUAUGCGGGGGCUUGCCCAAUCAAAAUUCUUGGAGUAUGGAAAACAGAACCAGAAUGUGAAGACGUAUGUUGUGAGACCGGGAGGAGUUUUGGGGGGAGACGGAAGUGCUUUGCUGGGAUGUUUGUUACCAACGGUUUCGGUGCGGAGUCUAGCGGCAGUGAUGGCAGAUCUGGCUAUCAAUGGAGGGAGUGAGCAGAUGCAAUAA